CCAUGUCCCAUGUCCCAAGUCCAAUGUCGCCGCCCAUGUCAGUCAGUCGGUGACACGCCUCUCUCUCCAGCUUUUCUCAAAGGGUCCCGUCCACCUACCCCUGGUCGUCCUGCACGCCUCUAGGCUCUGCGUGCCAUUCUAGCCUACGGUUCGUCUCUCGCAGUCGGGUUUUGGCGUCCUUUAUGCACUCCCGCACAGUUGCAGCCAUUCUGAUAGCCAGCCCGGUCUGCAGUCGGAAGCCCUGCUCGCCUGCUCGCCUUCUCCCUCUCCCUCUUUCCCUCUUUCCCUCUUUUCUCGAAUCUGACCCGCACCCACCCCAUGCCCACGCCCGGCCCAUGCCUGGCGAUCUAUAGCGUAGCAGAUGAUAAGCGCAUGAGCCCAGUGUCGCCUCGAUCACCAGCCAACUCUCGUCCCUCGGUCUUCCUGCCGACAAUCCUGCCCACCCCCAUUCACCAGGCUGCCCGAACACGUCGAUAUGCUAUCUCAAGUCUGACAACCACCGACACUCCACAAGCCAGCGAGGAACUGCUCGGCAGCACAAGAUUAGGUCGGCUGCGCGAUACCACGGAGGGAGGCCGGCAUGCACUGCGAUGCGAUCGUGUCUACUUGCACCCGACUCCCAAGUGUUGCGUGAAGGCCCGCCAUACCACUGCAGCGACAUAGGCUGCGCUCAUUCUCGACCGAACAAACCUGCUGCCCGCCCUCCUCGACGAACCCACUUGCGCAACAAUCCUCUCCACGAUGCCUUUUACUGCGACCAAUUCUGCCGCCGCAAGCGGCCCCAGCGCCGCCGGCACCUUGAGUGCAAAUGCUAGCUCGAGGGCCUCACCGGCCGUAGGCGCCCCCCCGACCGCCCAAGCCUCCAUCGCCAAGUCAAAGCCGGUGCAGGCCAACCCGAACGGCACUACUGCACACCCACACACUGUCUUGAGCAACAUGACGAGUCUGCCGUUGGAUCUGUCCUCGGUCGAGCGUCGGGGCUUGCCCACGGCGCAAAAGGAGCCUGUCAAGAAGACAGGCCGCUUAUAUGAUCUUGAGGAUGCGCCAGUCUACCAGCCUACAGAGGACGAGUGGAAAGACCCUAUGGACUACAUACGCAAAAUUACCCCCGAGGCCAAGAACUACGGUAUCUGCAAAAUCAUUCCGCCGGACUCUUGGAACCCAGACUUUGCUAUUGACACGGAGCGCUUUCACUUCCGCACGCGAAAACAGGAUCUCAACUCCGUUGAAGGCAGCAGCCGAGCCAAUAUCUCAUACGUCGACUCGCUCCUCAAAUUUCACAAGCAAAAUGGCGGUCACAUGGUCCGGAUGCCCUACGUCGACAAGCGACCUCUGGAUCUCUGGCGGCUCAAGAAAGCUGUCGAGUCCCGUGGUGGCUUCGAAAAGGUCUGCAGAUCCAAGAAGUGGGCCGAGAUAGGCCGCGAUCUGGGCUACAGCGGCAAGAUUAUGAGCUCUCUGUCGACGUCCCUGAAGAACUCAUACCAGAAGUGGUUAUGUCCAUACGAGGAGUACCUGCGACUCGCCAAGCCUGGUGUCUAUCAGCAAUUGGAGACGGAAAAUGGAGGGCCACUGACACCGAGCCCAGCUCCAAGCCCCAUGAAGCAUUCAAACAUGCCUACGCCGUCCAGCCUCAGAGGCGAAUCGCCUGCACGGUUCGCGUCAUCUGCUCUACAGGCUUCUGUAAAUUCGGAGCGGGAGACGCCGGUGCAGGAUGCUCAGCCUACAGCACCCACAAGUGGAUUUACAGCCAUCAAUUCCGGUGGCUUCACUGCAGUAAACUCGGGAUUCACCAGUGUUAAUCGGCAACCUGCCGCUGAUGUCAAAUCAAGCACCCCUUCAAAACAGUUCACCAGCCCCAUGACUUCGGCCAAGAAUACGCCGGAAUACCGACCCUCUGGUUUAGGACCAGCAAAUUCGCUGAAGCGGCAGGCGAGCGUUGACAGCUAUGAUUCAGCCAGAGAGAACGGUCUCGACAAGGACGAAGAGAACGGCAGCAGGAGGAGCAAGCGUCUCAAGAAAGAGGCCGUGCCUACUGUGGCUGGAUCCCAUAUGUCAAUGUUCAGGCCAAUGCCCCGGCUGUCCCCCCGAGAAGACACAUCUGGCCCGGGAGAGAAAUGCACACAUUGUGGCAAGCCCGAAGAAAACGGGUUCCUCGCUGUUUGUGAGUCGUGCGACCAUGCUUACCACGGCGCUUGCUUGGAUCCUCCUUUGAAGACAAAGCCCGACCCGGAGUGGAACUGCCCCAGAUGUCUCGUCGGCGACGGUCAAUUCGGCUUCGAGGAAGGCGGACUGUAUUCCUUACGCCAGUUCCAAGAGAAGGCUGCCGACUUCAAGCAGGGGUAUUUCGAGAAGCGCAUGCCAUUUGAUCCCGUGCUGGGCUGCGCCAGACCGGUCACUGAGGAUGACGUUGAGCGCGAGUUUUGGCGCUUAGUCACCGAUGUGGACGAGGAGGUACAGGUUGAAUACGGCGCUGACAUCCACUGCACCACACACGGUUCCGGAUUCCCGACUGUCGAGAAGCACCCUACCAACCAAUACUCGACCGACCCGUGGAACCUGAACGUCCUUCCAUAUCAUCACGAAAGCCUGUUCAGACACAUCAAGUCGGACAUUUCAGGAAUGAAUGUGCCUUGGGUGUAUGUCGGCAUGAUUUUCUCCACCUUUUGUUACCACAAUGAGGAUCACUAUGCGUACUCCGCAAAUUAUCAACAUUUUGGCGCAACAAAAACCUGGUACGGCAUCCCCGCCGAGGACACCGACAAAUUCGAGAAAGCAAUGAAGGAAGCCGUGCCUGAGUUGUUUGAGACCAACCCUGAUCUGCUGUUCCAGCUCGUCACGCUGCUCACUCCUGACCAGCUCAAGAAAGCCGGAGUACGGGUCUAUGCUGUCGAUCAGCGUGCUGGCCAGAUGGUUAUCACAUUCCCAUCAGCGUAUCAUGCUGGAUUCAAUCACGGGUUCAACUUCAACGAGGCCGUCAACUUUGCUCCGUGCGAUUGGGAGCCUUUUGGACUGGACGGGGUUGAGCGUCUGCAGGCCUAUCGGCGCCAGCCAUGCUUCUCCCACGAUGAGCUCUUGUGGACAGCUGCAGAUGGGGUCACAAGCAACACGUUGACGAUCCAAACAGCGAAGUGGUUGGCUCCGGCACUCGACCGGAUACAUCGGCGCGAAUUCGCCCAGAGGCAGGACUUUAUCGCAAACCAUCUCGCCGCUUCGCCUCAUAAAUGUGCUCUUGGCGGCGAUGUUGAGGGAGAGCCGUGUCCGCUAUCGUUCAAGAUUGAUGACACAGACGUAUCAGAGGAGGAGUAUUCAUGCGCGUACUGCAAAGCGUUCGCCUACCUGUCGAGAUUCAAGUGUUUGAAAUCUGGCAAGGUGUACUGUCUAAUGCAUGCAGGAAGCCAACCCUGUUGCGAUGCAACGCAAGGGACUCGAUACCUUGGUCAGGACCACGAGCUAAUAUUCCGGAAAUCGGACGAGGUCAUCAAUGCAACCAGCAAGAAGGUAUUCGAGAAGGCCAAUGUGCCUGAGGCAUGGGAGGAGAAAUACGACAAGGUGCUCGAUGAGGAGGCAACCCCUUCGCUAAAGACCUUGCGAAAUCUACUCAACGAAGGAGAACGCAUACCGUACGAGCUCAAAACCCUACCUCUCUUGCGAGCGUUUGUUGACCGUUGUAACCGCUGGGUCGAAGAGGCAACCAACUACACGAUCCGCAAACAACAGAACCGGCGAAAGAACGAAAAGGCCUGGCAAACCGGGCUGCGCAAGUCGAUAGGCAGCGCGUAUCAAGACGAAAAAGAACGCGAGUUGCGCAAGGCUGACAAUAUCACCCGGCUCCUGCGUGAAGCUGAGCAAAUCGGGUUUGACUGCCCGGAAAUACAGCUCCUUCAAGAUAGGGCGGACGCGAUCAGGACCUUCCAGGAGAACGCGAUGCAGGUUAUCAAUCAUCAGUCCAUGCACCAGGUCGAGGCAGUUGAGGAAUUGCUCGAGGAAGGCAAUGGCUUCAAUGUCGAUCUCGAGGAGAUGGACAAGCUCUCCAAGGUACUCGACAAGCUCAAGUGGAAUCAAAAGGCCAAGGCCAACCGCAGCGUCUUCAUGUCUUCCCAGGAGGUCGCGGAGCUCAUCGAAGAGGCUAGGCGUAGCGGGAUCGAGGCCUACAACGACCACCUCAGUUUCUAUGUUGAGCAGCUCACUGCCGGUUUCCAAUGGGAGAAGAAGGCCAAGGAGAUCAUCGAAGCAGAUGUCAUCCAUUAUCCCCAGCUGGAAGCCCUUUCGCAACAAGCCAUGCAAAAUCUCCUUCCGGUAUCAGCGGAAGUCCUGGCCCAGGUGGAUCAAAUUUUGCACAAGCAGCGAGAGGCACUCCGACAAAUUGCCGAUCUGAAUGCUCGAACGAGGAACAACGAUUUCCGCAAGAGACCCAAGUACACAGAGGUCGCCGAAAUCAUGAAGAUGGUUGAAGACCUUCAGUCGAAGCCUCCGGGGACACUCGACCUAGAAAAAGAGCAGCGACGCCACGAGGACUGGAUGCGCAAAGGCAAGAAGCUCUUCGGAAAAACGAACGCGCCGCUGCACAUCCUCAAGAGUCACAUGGAGUAUGUUUUGGAGCGUAAUCUUGACUGUUUUGACGUCACGAAGGACAAGCCCCGCCUGCCAGCAGAGCCAGCCUCACGAGAGCCAUCGCCCGAUAAGGAGAAGAACGCGGCAUACAGGUGGGAUGAUCCUAAGUUCAGGGAGGUCUUCUGCAUCUGCCGUCGAAUCGAAGCAGGCAUGAUGAUCGAGUGCGAGUUGUGUCACGAAUGGUACCAUGGCAAGUGUCUGAAGAUCGCCCGCGGAAAGGUCAAGGAGGAAGACAAGUACACUUGUCCAAUUUGUGACUGGCGAGUGAAGAUCCCUCGAGACGCAGCAAGGCCAAGACUCGAAGACCUCAUCGACUGGGAAGAAGAGAUCACCCACCUGCCCUUCCAACCCGAGGAAGAGACCGUGUUGAGGCAGAUUAUCGACAACGCGCAAAAUUUCCGGACCCAUAUCGCAGCAUACACCAACCCUGUAUUGUCCACAAGGAACGAGGCCGAGACUCAGAGAUUCUAUCUACGCAAGAUAGAGGGCGCAGAAAUCCUCCUUGCCAACGAGACCAACUUCUUCCGCCAGGAGUUGCACAAAUGGCAUCCCGUCGCGCCAAAUCCUCCCCCAGUCAUCGAAGUGUCGAAGAGCACACGCAAGCCCCGGCCUACUAAGCUGGACAAGUUGCUGCUUCAGCAUGGCGUCUCCAACGUCGAGGAUCUGCCAGAGCACGUGAAGUCGAAGGGAUUGAGCCUCAAGCGCAAGCGUCAGAACGCCGAGAUGGCCGCGCAGGCUCAACAGCAGGCUGUCGCAGGAUCCUCUGCCACUGGCCCCGCCACCAGUCCUGGUGUCAACAGCUAUGCUUCGUACUACCAGAGGGGCACAUCUUCACAGCCACAGACUCCCGGCCUAUCGAUUGCAAGCAGCUCUCACGCUCAUCCAUCACGUGGUCCCGGAUCGUCAUCGUCAUCGACUCAUCAUGGUCAUCCGUACGGGCGGGCUGAGUCCAGUGGUCCGGUGAUUCGGCCUGAGAACAUGGAUCUUGACACCAACAUUCAUCCUAAUUUCUUCCUUCCUUCAGGCGGAGGACCCCAGAUUAUGGCUGACAGUACUUCUGGACCUUCGCUCGAAGAUCGUCUUCUCCGCGGUCAGCCGGAAGAUGCAACAUUGAAGGACUACAUGGCAACUGAAGCAGGCCAACAAAAGGCUCUCGAGAUGUUGUCCAAAACCCAGGAGGGCCGACGAAAGGCUGAGGAGAUCUUUGGACCCGGUGCCUUCGAUGCCGGUCGAGCGACUAUAAGCGGACAGGACGACGCGGGUAUUGAUGAUGGCGCUGUGGACCAGAUGUUUGCCGACAUGGUCAACCAAGACGAUGAGGACGAACUCAAGGGCAAGGGCAAGGGCACUGCCGGCAAAGGCAGCAGCACCCACAGGGACGAGGAGAAGAUCACCGCCGAGAGCCUGGAAAACGAGAGGAACGGCAUGGACGCACUGCUGGACGGGGACUAAACAUGUUGGACAGUGUGGCGUCACGGCAAACAGGGCAAGAUGUCCUUCAAACCAUCAACGGGAAUGAUGUUCCGCUUUUUACGACCUGACUAGACGUUGUAGUUUUGCACGCUGGAGUUUUGAGGACAAAAACCAUUGCAAUAAGGGGAGGGAGGGAGGCAUGGUAUGAACUAGUUUCUUGUUGUUCUCUGUAUUUCUUAUACUUCUUGUCAACCUCGCUUGCAUCUAGAAGCUGUUUUGCUCAGCGGGAGAAGGGGCGCGGAGAUAUCCCAAUUUUGCGGAAGACAAGGGACGAGAACGGAGAGAAGAGCGGUCCAGAGAGAAAAAAGUAACAAGCAAAGGCGUUUUCAGCGGCAUUAGUGCAGGGAUACCACAAUAUCAACAAUGAAUAAUACGGUGAUUUCGCAUCCAGGGGUGUAUUGGGCGGACGGGCGGACUGAUGGGUUGGAUUGUUCGGUCUGGCAUUGUUGAGGCGAGGCGGAGAAGAGAGGGUGGAGAGAAAUGGUGUGUGUGUGUGUGUGUGUGUGUGUGUGUG